AAGAGCGCGUAGGACAGGAUUUGGAGGCCCAGCAGUCAGUUCCCUCUACCAAGAAGAAAUGAUCAGGGAAGAAGACAAGAACAUAUUUGACUACUGCAGAGAGAACAACAUAGAACACAUUACCACGGCUAUCAGUUCCAAGGAAGUGGAUGUCAACGCAAAAGAUGAAGAGGGAUGGAAUUUGCUGUACUGGGCCUGUGACAGAGGACACAAAGACCUGGUGUCUGUGUUACUGCAAAACAGUGCUGGCAUUAACAGUCAGGAUGACGAGGGCCAGACAGCGCUACACUAUGCGUCUGCGUGUGAGUUUGCUGACAUAGUGGAACUGCUUCUAAAGGCUGGGGCAGACCCUUCCAUGAAAGACCAGGAGGUCACUGAAUCCAGCACCAUCUCCUCACUGCUGCGCCAGUACACCGCCCCCAAGGGCUAGGCCCAGCUUCGCCAUCCCCUCCCCUCCAGCCUGUGCCCACCCCACCCUAGACCUAGCAUCCAGCUCUCUCAGUAAUGGUCAUCCCACUCUGAAAGUGCAACCCACCACUUCAUCAUCUCUCAUGUCCCAUUCCAAGGAAUGCAUCCAUCAUCAUCGAGUUUCUCUCUGACUUUUUCAGACCACCUCCUUUGAUGACACGACAGUCAUGUUUGCA